AUGGUAGCCAGCACCGACAAUGGGGCGACGCCGAAGCGGAUCAGGAAGGCGUCAGCGGGUCUCAAGACCCCAACCGCAACAGGGAAGAGGAAAUACACUCGAAGGGCCACUGCUGUUGCGUCUAAGGGAGUGGCUGAGGCCGUUGACAGCGCUACCGUGUGCGCAUCUGCAUCGAGCUCCUCCGCCUCCGGCACUGGAGCGAAGCAUUGCCCAUCGACGCACCGGGGCGGCGACAGCGCCUCGGACACGGACGCUCAUGGCACCCGAGAGGAGGAGGAGGUGUACAGUGGACAGUAUGAGUUGUCGCCCGAGGAGACGUACCGGCAAACAAGUGAGCGCCUGCUACUCCCCCUGAACGCCGUUCGAUUUGUGCUGAGGCAGGCGAAGGAGGGCGCCACGAUCCCCUUCCUUGCGCGGUACCGGCAGGGCGAGACCGGCCGAAUGGACGAGACGCAGUUGCGCCUUGUCAUGGAUACCGCCAAGGAAGUGGCUGAGGUGCACCGCCGCCGCCAGUUCAUGCUGCGAAGUCUGGAAAGUCGAGGCUUGCUGACGCCAGCGCUCCAGACGGCUCUCGAGUCCAUGGUGCACGUCAGCCAGCUCGAGGAUGCUUGGGAGCCGUAUAAAGAGCGUCGAACAAGCCUUGCCUCGCGCGGACGCGCUGCAGGGCUCGGCCCGUACGCCGACGCCCUCCUCCACUUCAACCCCGAAGACCCCAAUUGCAAGGCGCGCCUCGACGAGCUGAGCGCGUUUGUGCGUCGCACUGACAAUGGGGAGCGGUUGCUGACCGCUAUUGUGGCCGAAGACGUGCAGCGAACCGAAGAGCUGCGGCGCCGACUUGGCGAGUACUGCCGUCACACGGCGCGCCUGUCGUCCACACUGAUGGCGAAGCCACGGAAGAAGGCCGCGAAGGAGCUGCAUGAGGAGAGCUUCGACGCGCUGUGCAAGCACUUCGCCUACUACGACAAUAAAUCAUGGUCAGUCCAGCGCGUCGCGGCGCACGUUGUCCUGGCGCUGCAGCGCGGCGAGGCCAAGGGCGCACUGAAGGUGGACACGGCGUCAGGUCCGAAGAGCCACGGGUUGUUCAUGCACACGGUUCGCGAGCAGUACCCCUCCCUGAAUCGCCUGCUAUCGUCGUCAUCGUCUUCGGUGCCCACCGCGGACGGCGCUGGUGCCUACUCCCACGUCUUUCGCGAUUUCGGCUAUGGACGGAAGAUUGUGCAUGCCGGCUUGCAGGCCGCGUACGACCACCUCGUGAAGCAGGCACACCUUGCGAUUCGGCGAGACUUGAAGAAGAGCGCGGAGCAGGAGGCCAUUGUCGUGUUUGCGCACAAUCUGCAGCACAUGCUUCUCCAGCGACCUCUCUCCCGCUCGCGGAUCUUGGCGAUGGAUCCUGGCUUGGCGAACGGCGUGAAGUGCGUGGCGCUGGAUGAGAACGGCGCAGUUGAAACCUUCUUCACCUGCACCCUCAUGGACGAGCAGAAGAUGCGGCGCUACGUCAUUCAGGUGGUCGAGUCGCGGAGGUUGAACAAGGUCGUGAUUGGCAACGGGACGGCGUCUGGCCGCGUGACGGACUUGAUUGCGGACCUCAUCAAGCAGCAGAAGUGGACAGAUGUGGAGUUUGCCGUCGUGAGUGAGGCGGGUGCGAGUGUGUACUCCGUGUCUGAUAUUGCGAAGGAGGAGUUUCCCAACCUCGACGUCAUGUACCGUGGCGCGGUGAGCAUCGGCCGUCGCGUACUGGACCCGUUGAGCGAGCUGGUAAAGAUACCCGUGCGCAGCAUGGGCAUCGGAAUGUACCAGCAUGACGUGAACGAGAGGGAGCUGAUGCGGGAGUUGAACUACGUGCUGGAGUCCUGCGUCGCCAAGGUUGGAGUCAACGCAGCCAGCGCGAACCGCUACGUCAUGGAGAAGGUGCCUGGGAUUAAGAAGAGAAUUGUGGACCAGAUUGUGCUGGCGCGCCAUGCAAAGAAGCUGCAUAGCCGUGAAGACUUGCGGCGGGUGCCGGCCAUGACGGAGAGCGUCUACGAGCAGAUCGCAGGCUUCUUCCGCUUCCCUAACUCGCCAGAGCCACUCGACAACACGAAUAUCCACCCCGAGUCUUACCCGCUGGUGCGGCGUCUCGUGACGCUGUACACGGCGGGCCAGCUGGGGGACGCCGAAGUGAUGGCCGAGAAGCUGGGGGAGGCGGCAGAUGGUGCGGCGAUGGCACUCGGUAGCGCACGCAUCCGCCAGCAGGUCGCCCAGCAGCUGGAGCGCAUGUCUCCCGCUCAACUGGCGAACCUGGCCUCUGAGAAGCUGUCUUGCAGCGUAGAGACGCUGGAGCUGUUACGUCAAGAGCUGCUUCACCCGGGCUUGGACCCGCGCGUUUCGCUGCCGCACGCCGGACUACUGCGCCGCGAGGUAUACGACGUGAAAAAUCUCCGUUCCGGCGAACUGCUCUCCGGUGUCGUGCAGAGCGUCACCAUGUUUGGUGCGUUCGUUGACUGCGGUCUGCACGACUCCGUGCUCUUGCGCGGUGAGGGCGUGGAUGCGCUGCAGGUGGGCAUGUACCUGGACCAGUGUAUUCGCUUUGACUGCCUUGACCACCUGAAGCGUCCGCGGGUGUUCUUGGUGCGCGCUGGUGCUCCUGCUGCCCCUGGCGACAGCGCAGAUGCCGGGAAGGGAUGCGCGCUGUCGGCCGCGCCUCGACGGCUUCGGUUGGAGGCCGAGGAUGUUCUCGGUAGAAACGGUCGAGGCUUCGUCAGCCAAGCUUCACCCGACGCGCGCCUCUACGACUUAAUGGCGAGCAGCGCGGAGGGGGAUGUGACAGCAGCUGGGCCGACACUGACCGCGCGGGUGAUGCAAGAGCGUGAGCGCCGCGCCGAGGAGGUGCUCGGUAGCGCAAACGUCACCCCGGUGACCGGUGCGAUGAGGGAAGAGGAGAGCAGCCAGGUGAACCUGACAUCUCGCCAGCACCUGUCUCACCCUCUGGUGGGGAAGCGAGCCCGGGAGAAGUCAGAGGCGGAUGCGCCCCUUCGCCACGCGCCGCGGCGUGUGGAGGAUGUCGUCGUUGCCUCUGCUGCCGCUCGUCCGCAUUCGACCCUGUCCAUGCAGUCGCCGAAGUGUUUCACCACAAACGGCGCCUGCGCGAAACCGCCUGCAAGCGCCUUGCAGACGUCGAGGCCGGCUGCUCGGAGAGUAGACACGGGGGAUGUCAGUGGUCAGCAUAGCGCCGGCGGUGACGGCGGUGACGCGGUCUUCUUAUUUUGA